AGUAUUGAGAUUAUGUCGAUGUUGAUGUACAUCAACUUUAAAUCUUCCUAUUCUUCUUUCCCAAUUUUUCAGCUAUUCUCCAAUAUGGAUGCUCAUACUUUUUAUCUCGAGUCUCGACCGUCCAAGCUGAUAUAUUCCUAUUUCCCAUUCUCUGGCAGUUAUUAUGCACCACUUGUGCUUUUAUAUGAUAUAUUAAAGACAUUACAUUUGAAGGAUUGCAGUGCAAGAGAAAGAAUCUUACUACUCUGUAGCUUCUAUAAAUUUUCUGCUGCAGUUGCCUCAUCAGCAUCAAAUUAAAAGAAAAAUCUCAUCUUUCAAAAAUAAAAACCUUCGCAAAAGAAGUAACAGUUUUUCUCAAUAAAAUGGCCUCAACUAAACUGCAAAAACCCACAAAUGAAGAACACAAAUUCAGUCAGAAGAUAUCAGAAGUGACCGCUUGGGGAAACAGGGUGUUUGGGCAAAAACAACAGGAACACCAAGCAGUGGCCAAACACUGUACUACAUGCCAUUGUCCAGCAUCCAAGGACACAAAGCCAGCGUGUAAUGAUUUACAGAAGAAAGAAAAUGCUAACACCAUCUCUGUCAAAGACAUGAAAUCUGAUGCACACGCAGUGACAAAGAAGAAAGAACACGCAAGUACAAUCCAUAAGGAUGCCAAACAUACUACUUGUGCAGAGCUGAAGAAAGAGGAAAAGCAGCAUACAGCAAAUUUUCAAUCAAAGGAUUCUAAGAAACCUGCUGGUGCAGAGAUAAAGAAAGAAAAGAAGGAACACCAUGCAAAAAGCAACACAACUACUGCAUGCAACACAUUGGUCAAGAAAGAACACAAGGAUGAACCAACCAACAACCAUUGCUUUUCGAGCAUGGCAGAUCACUGGAAGGAGAAGAUCAUGAUGAUGAAGAAGGCUAAGGAUGGCAAGUGUAAAGAUAACAGCAGUAGCAGCGGGAGUGACAGUGAAGAUGACGCAUCUGUGAUAAAAAAGAAGGACAAAAGACACUCUUAAAAGACCAGAACUACGUAUAAUUGAGAGGCUACUGCAAAAUCAACAAGGACACAGAUAAAACAAGACAUAAGAAAAUAUGAACGGUGUACUCUUACUCGAGUUCAGAGUAGCGAGGCUUCAGAAUUUAAUAGUAUCUUUCCUCUAUCUUCAAUCACUUGAAAAAUUAGCAGUUUGCAGCUGCUAUUCGGGGUUGCUGACUUGCUGUUAGCAUAAUACAUUCCAGCAAUAAGGGCCUGUUUUGAUAUUUGUGAUGGCGCUUUUCUAUUA